AUGAACGUUCUAAAGGAGCAGAAGGCGUGGAUGGACAACUUUGCGAAAAGGUCUCCAGGUCAAGAUAGCACUCCCGUUCCAGCAUUUGUUCAAUUCAACAGUCAACACCAGAAAUGGGACUCAUACUUGGAGCAACUAAAACAACACUUCUCUGCUUACGCGGUAAUUGACGCCAACAAGCAGAAAUCAUUUUUCUUAUCUUGGUUGGGCAGUGACGCAUACGAAACCCUCAAAAAGCUUGUCGGCGUUGACGAGUUACAGAAACAAACAUUUAAUGAGCUUUCUGCAAAACUAACAGAGUUUUAUAAGGAAAAGGUUCAUGUAGUUGCAGCUCGUUAUGAAUUUCAUAAGGCUGAAAUGGGUAAUCGUACAUAUAAAGAAUGUAUUGCCGAACUACGAAGCAAAGCCCGGCAAUGUGAUUUUGUUUGUAAAAAAGAAAAUUGUCUACAUGAUUUCUCAGACGAUAUGAUUAGGGACAAAUUAAUUUUGAAGUCACCGCAUGAUGCAGUUCGUACAGCUGCAUUACAAAAACAACAACCAACAUUGGCAGAAGUUCAGCUAAUCGCUGAGUCAUUUGAAACAACAACGAAAACAGUAAGUACAAUCAAAGACAGAACGGACACUGCAAAUGCAAUAGACAGCAACGGAAUUUAUUCGAUGACAACGAAAAACACAGAAAAAUCUAGCAUGCGUAACAAAAACAAAAAGAAACAAAAAUCAAAAUACCGUUCAUGCACAGGUUGUGGAGUUUUACAUAAUCGUGAUGAUUGCAAAUUUAGAAGCGCUGUUUGCAGAGGUUGCGGUAAAAUAGGCCAUAUCAUAGCUGUGUGUUUAUCGAAUGAAAAAAAGCAGGAACAAAAGCAGAAUAAAGGGAGUAAAAACAUCAAAGGUGAGAAAGGUGAUAAAAUAGAUUACAUUUCAACGGCAUUUUCGGUAGCUAGCGCAGCUAGCAACAAAAGUAAGAAACAGUUUGUUCAAAUUGUGGUCAAUGGAAAAGAGACUCGGUUUCAAAUGGAUUCGGGCGCGGAAGUCUCAGUUAUAACACUAGACACUUACGAAAUGUUAAAUAAACCGCCAGUAAAGCAAUGCUCGCGUGUACUAUAUGGGUACGGUCAUACGCAAAUAGAAACUUUAGGAGAAAUCGCUGCCAAAAUACAAUACGGGUCAGUAGAAAAAAUACUGCCUCUUGUGGUUUCUAACGUGCGUGGUUCAAACAAUCUAUUGGGCGUAGAUUUAUUUGAACAAUUAGGCUUUAAAAUUGUGCAAGUUGAUAGCGUGACCGCCAAGUCGAACGCAAAAUUACAUACAAUUUUGUCCACCUUCGCGGACGUGUUUACUCCAGCACUUGGUACAAUGAAGUCAGUCAAAGCCUCGAUCAGAUUUAAGGAGAAUGCAGUGCCUAAGUUCAUUAAAAGUAGGCCAAUUCCUUUUGCUCAGUUACCAAAAUUUAAAGAUGAAGCACAACGGUUAUCACAAGCAGGUAUUUGGAAACAGGUAACUUUCAGCGACUGGGCAUCCCCCAUCGUCCUAGCAACAAAACCGGACGGAUCGAUACGCAUUUGUGGAGAUUUUAAAAAAGGUGUUAACCAGCAGAUUGAUGUAGAUCAAUACCCUCUACCCACAAGAGAGUGCCUUUUGCAUACCAUUCGAUACGGUAAAUAUUUUUCUAAAAUAGAUUUGCGUGAUGCAUACCUACAAAUGGAGCUCGAUGAAGAUUCGAAAAAAGUUCUGGUGGUCAACACACCGCUCGGUUUAUUUCAAUACCAGCGAUUACCGUAUGAGGUAGCAAGCGCACCAGCCAUGUUUCAGAAACAUCUCGAGCAACUAUUAUGUGGAGUCGACGGAUGUGCAAAUUAUAUCGAUGACAUCAUUGUGGCCGGUGCGAGUGAACAAGAACAUAUUGAACGCUUAGCCAAAGUUCUGCAUAUACUCCAAUCCGCGGGCAUAAGAUGCAAAAAGGAAAAAUGCGAGUUCCUAAAAACAAAAUUAACUUACUUGGGGCGUGAAAUAAGCGCAGAUGGCAUUCUGCCCGACGAAUCUGGUAUUCAAGCAGUGAAGAACUUACGACGGCCCAAAACCUUGAAGGAACUUGAGGCAUUUAUGGGUAAAAUAAACUAUUACCACAAUUUUAUUCCGAAUUACUCUCAACUCGCAGCACCCAUGAACAAAUUGAGGCGAAAGGGGGCGUAA